UUGACCUCAGUUGUUUAUAUUGAUAUGCGUGCAUGUCUUUAACCGUAAUAAUGGUUGUAAAUAGGUUUUAAAAAGAUAAUAUUUUAGAGUGUGCGCAAUGUUUGGAUACAUGUGUGUUUAAACGAUAUCAAAUAAGUGUUUAAACGUAUCAUUCUAUCAAGAAGAUCUGACUUAAACAAGGAAGUAAUUUACUUCUGAAUAUAAUGCAGGUUGUUUUAGUGAUAUUAUUGGUUUCGUGACAGAUGUUCUCAUAUGAAUAUAUUGUGACAACAACAAAAUCAUAAAUUUACACAAAAACAUCACUAAUAUCGCUCUUGCGCAUUAAAGGACGUUCUAGUAUUGUUCACUAUAUCUUCACCAUAGCUGCAUUAACAGAUAACAUGGCAUCAAAGCAGAAUCAGUGUGAAAUGUGCUUUAAGGAAAACGCAGUUGGACAUUGCGAAACCUGCGGAGAUGUUGGAGAAUAUUGUGUAGAUAUUCACAAAAAAGGAAAGUUGUUUCAAACUCACACUGUUGUUUUGUUUGAGGCUGUAAAAUUGCAUGAGGAUGGUGGAGUUAAACCAAAAAUCUUUAUGCAAGACAUCACAGAAGAAAGAUGUAAGCAGCAUCCGACAGAGAGAGCUAUUUUUUUUUGUAAUGUGCAUGAGUCCAUGAUAUGUGGCCGAUGCCUUCAUUCGGAACAUAUUCCUUGUGUAAAAGAAGUUGUUGACUUGUUGAAGGAAGGAAUUACCAUAGACUGCGAGAAAGUCAACACAAUGAAGUCAUUGUUGAUGGAGGUAAAAGAUGAAAUUCUUCUUUUGAAAAAUGAGGCAGAACAAAGCAAGGACAACUACAAGGAAACUGCAGAUAAAUGUGUGCAAGAUUGUAUGGAGUUAGGUAAUACAAUUAAACGACGGGUAGAUGAACUAACAAGUGGCAUUAGAGACGGGAUAAUAGACAAACAUAACGAAAACUUGACCAUUUAUUCCCAUAUUACUAAACUGUGUGAUGAGAAAACCAAGUGGUGUGACGAUGAGGAAAGUAAAAUUGAUAAUUUUGUUGACAAUAAUUUGGCUGGGCAUUUGUACCUAAUGAGCAGACAUUUUGAGAAAGAAGCUUCGGAUGCCAGAUCCCACCUGAAAGAAAUGAAACACAAACAUACUUUGAAAGGUUUCGAUUUCAAAGAAAACAAUGUUAUUCUUAAAUGCCUGUUUGAGGAUUUGGAUGAAGUUUGUGAACAACAAGACGAAGUUACUGGGAGCGACGAUGGAAAUGCCAACAAUGUUUUCGUAUCUACCCCGAAAGUAAACAAGACCCGGCGAGAGCUCACUGUAGUCUUGAAUCAGGCCAAAGACGAAUUAGAUAACUCAGAAAAGACAAGAAAGCAGUUUGAGCAAGAGUUACUGAAAGCGAAACAGGACAUAGAUAAAUCUGAAAACACACUGAAGGAACUACGUGAUGAGCUGAAACGAGUGAAUCAAGAACUAUAUCAUUCAGAAAAGGAACGAGCAGAUGUCAAGGCACAGCUUUCACCCCUGCAAGACAAUAUCAAGUGGACUCAACCAACUGGAACAGUUGAUGUCAAGAAAACCACUGUAGAAUAA